UACUUUCCUUAACGUUGUUCUUUUUGUUAGUGUCUUUCUUAGUUUGUUUAACAAUUUUUACGUUAUUUUUGUCACAAAUGUAUUAAUAAUAAGUAUAAAAAACAAAUAAAAAUGUUAAAUUUAAAUUGUGUUAUCUGUGCUGAAUUAUUUUCGCAAGCUGAUGAUGUCUAUGUAACGACCUGUGGUCAUAUGUUCCAUUAUGUGUGUCUCAAGCAAUGGUUGGAAAGAUCAAAAACUUGCCCUCAAUGCCGCAACCGAUGUUCGGAGCGCAAUAUUAUUCGUGUCUACUUCAAUUUGGCCAAUUUGGAUGUGAGCCGCAUUGAUGUGGGUUCACUGCAGGAACAGUUGGACAAUGCAAAUCUACAGUUGAAAAUGAAAGAGAAGGAAUUGAGCAAAGCCGAGGAACAAAUCAAAAGUUCUAAGGAGACUCAAAAGAAGUGCAUGAAAACAAUAGCCGGCCUAGAAAAGGAAGUUAAAAGUAAUAGUUUUAUUGUACUUAAUUAUGUGGAAAAGAUCAAAUUGUUACAAAAUCAAGUAAAAGUAAUGGAAAGCCUACGAGCUGAAGUAACAAAUUUAAAAGCUCAAAUUGAAUCAAUGAAUGGCAUAAACACCUUGCUUACAUCCUCAAUGACUGAGGCUGAAAAACUACUCAAAAAUGAGAGUGAUCCCAAAGUAUUGUCCGUAUGGAUUACAACAUUGAAAAGAGAAUUGCGAGUAUGUGAACAUAAAAAAGCUGAUAUUCGCAACCAACUGAAAGCUGUUCAAAAUGAUUUGCGCAGAGAAAUGGAUUUGAAAAGAAGCCAAGAAGAGCGUAUCAUUCAGCUUGAAAGUGAAAAUUAUAGCCUGCUUGAAAAGAUAAAAACACUGGAAUCGAACAGUAUAUCAAGACAAACAACUGCUAACAUUGCCAGUGGCAGUCUUAAUACAUCUGCAAUAUCCUCCAAUGCCAAGCUAAAGGAAGAGAAACGUUAUACCAUAUCACCAACCAUAAAAGAAAAUAUCAAAAAGAUCGAAGAAUCAUCUUCGCCAUAUCUUAAUAUAAAAUCCAGUAGUGUGGGUUUGGUACCUCUAUUUAAGCGCAACAAUGAAAAUUCUACAAAACUUGAGAUUGGAUCCAAAGUCACAACAUCGAAGUUAACAACUUUGAAAAUUUCACCCACAAAAACUGCAGGUGCUAUACGUAAAACUAAAAGCGAUUUAGGUGAAAAGUACUCAAUAUUUAAGAAACCCAGAUUGGGACUAACAUCAUCUACACUAGGUACAAUGGGAGCUUCGAUGAAACCCCUAGCAUCGAAUUAUGUUUUCAAUGGUUUUGGUGGCUCAGAACGUGUCGAUCCUUUUGCUAAAGAUACCACCGAUGAUGACGACAUUAUGGAGAUUGAGCAAAAACAAUCAACUGAUAGUGCGGUACCUACAACAAAGUUAAGCAUUAAUAAUCGCCUUAAGACUGGUGGUCUACGCAAUUUUAAAUUAGCUAAGUAAUUUAUUGGUUUGGAUUUCCUACCUCCUUACCUUACCUUGUUACUCAGAUGGUAAAUGUAGUUUUGUUUCUUAUAGAAAUCUCUUUAUUUUAAGUAGAUAAUUCAAUGGUAUGUCCCAAUUUUUGUAACUAAA